AAUAUUUGCCAGGGCCCACCAAUGCGUUUUAAGGGAAACUCUGCCGCCCCACCGCCAAAAUCGAAUCCAUCUCGCCCGACGAGCAUCAGUUGACACGCAGAACCAAUCAUCGCCGUCCAUUCACUCACACCCUCACCGGCGGCGGCGACGGCGGCUUCGCCGGCGAAGAUGCGCAAGAAGAGAUGUGGAGGGAGGUCAGGGAUAGAGAAUCGGGCAAAAUACUCCCGAGCUUAUUCACCAGCUUAGUUCGUUCCCGCCGCGUGGCUGCGUUGCAGCUUUCGAACCGUAAGGAGAUCGUCAGCCCUCAUCGUGGGGCCGUCAACUCUGUCCAGGUUGAUUUGACAGAGGGUCGAUAUUUGCUAUCGGGUUCAUCGGAUGCAUCGGUUGCCAUUUAUGAUAUUCAACAAGCUUCAGAUUAUGAUGAAUAUGGCCUCAUUGCGAAACACAGGAGCAUAGUACUCGUUGAUAAGCAACACGAACAUGGACAUAAAUUUUCAAUAUCAUCUGCUAUUUGGUAUCCAAUAGACACUGGAUUGUUUAUCACUGGCUCUUAUGAUCAUGAUAUCAAAGUGUGGGAUACAAAUACUUCCCAAGCAAUCAUGGAAUAUAAAAUGCCUGGAAAAGUUUAUGGCACUGCCAUGUCCUCCAUUGCAUCAACCCACAUGCUCAUUGCUGCUGGGAGUGCAGACGUUCAAGUUCGUUUAUGUGAUAUUGCUUCCGGAGCAUUCACUCAUACGUUGUCAGGGCAUCAUGAUGGAGUAAUGACUCUAAAAUGGUCAUCUUCUAGUGAAUGGGUUUUGAUGACUGGAGGGUGUGAUGGAGCCAUACGAUUUUGGGACAUAAGACGCGCAGGAUGUUUCCUUGUUUUAGAUCAAUUGCGGUCUCAGCUUGGGAGGAGACCGCCUCUAUCUGAGAAUUCAUUGAAGAAAGCAAAUGCAGCAAGGAUGACAGCUGCUGCAAAAAAUUCUCCCAAAGCUCCAACAUCUCACAGAAGAGUGAUUUCUAGUUGCAGUCUGAGGAAUUCUAAUUACUUGAACAAACGUCAUAAUCUCCCUAAAGCUUCUGCAGCACAGAGGCUGCACCCGGGAAUGUCGUCCACUCUUAAUCGAGCAACUGCCCAUUAUGGCGCUGUGACGGGAUUAGAAGCGACGAAGGAUGGAAUUUAUCUGCUAAGCUCAGGAUCAGAUUCAAGGCUGCGGUUAUGGGAUGUCGAAUCUGGCUGCAACACAUUGGUGAACUUUGAAUCCAUGAGGCUUCAGACAAGCAAACCCUUACAACUUGCUGUCACAAAUGAUUCAUCUCUUGUGUUUGUUCCAUGCAUGAGUUCUGUCAAGGCAUAUCAUGUUUGGUCGGGUGUUACUUUUCAGACAUUGCGCGGCCAUUACGAAUCAGUAAACUGCUGCUAUUUUAAUUGGCAUGAUCAGGAAAUAUAUACUGGCAGCAAUGACAGGAAAAUUCUGGUUUGGUCUCCAUUGAGUCCGGCGGUCGCCGAAACGGAAGGUGACUGUAAAGGGGCAGACCGAGAUAGCUGGAGUGACUGAAGAGCGAAUUGUUUUUCUUCUUCCAAAUGUAUAUAUUUGUAAGGAUUCCUUCCUGCCUGCUGAAAAUUUAAGUUCAUUGUU